AUGUGCAAUAUUUGCAAGAAAUUUUUAUUGCAUUCCGCAGCUCUUAAGCUUCAUUAUGCUGUGGAACAUUCUGAGCAAGGAACGAAACCACAGCAAAAAGAAAGAAAUUUUUGGGAAUAUGAGGAACAACAGAAUCAGUUUCGCAAUGAGAUGAGCAUUUGGGUGCAGCAUCACCUUAAUAAUAAUUCACCAAUGUCGAACGAACAAGACAUUCCACAGGAAUAUAAUAAUCAAGACCACAAUCAGUCAGGAAGAUCGACGCAAAAUCAAAAUAUCAACCAUCACCAACAAAACCAUCAUCAUCAUCAACACCAACAACAUUUCGAGCAUCAACAACAACAACAAUGGAAUCAACCACAACAACAACAAUGGAAUCAACAACAACAAUGGAAUCAACCACAGCAACAACAAUGGAAUCAACCACAACAACAACAAUGGAAUCAACCACAACAACAAGAAGAACAACAUUUAGAUAAUCAAAUGCAAAAUGAACCUUGCACAAAAAGAAUAAAAUAUUGCAUUUCAUGCAAUGAUAAUAUUUUAUUAGAAACAUGGAUCAUGCAUUGUAGAUCAGAAUUGCAUAGAAAUAAAAGCGAGAGAAUAAUUAAAGAAAACCUACAAUCAACGAGUUCAGGCUUUGAAAAACGAAUUGAGAAGUUCCAAUAUAAAAUAAGCAAUAAUACUCUCGAUUUCAAUGAAGUAAUUCGCAAUUCUGAAAAAUCGAUUAUCGCACUAAUAGAAGACAAGUUAAGCACACAUUAUUUGAUUAAAUUCAAUCUAAAUGUUGUUGGCGAAUAUUUUAAAGAAUCAGCAGAAAGUGAUGCGUUUAAUACCAUAUUCCACAACACCAAAACCACACAAAUCACAUUUUCUGAUGAUGUAGCGGAAAUUUUAAAACAGCAUUUUGAUGAGUUGAAAAAUAAGCUGUCGGAGUUCCAAGAACGUGACUCUGGAUGGGCUCUAUCCCAAUUUAAAACACUUGAAAUAAGCGUUAACAAAUCUUCUCCACUGAAGGGAUCGCAAUAUAUACCAACACCAGCGAGGCUUGCAAAGAAGAAAGCAUGCAUCAAUAUUUCGAAUAAUGAUGUGUAUUGUUUCAAAUGGUGCAUAAUUGCCGCAUUCGGAAAUAGGCUUACGAAUGCUGGUAAAACAUCAUCAUAUAAUAUCAGAAAUAUUGCAGAUCCGAUAAUAAUUGUUGAAGAUGGAUUUAGAUUAAAUUUUAGUGGUUUACAAUUUCCAUUAGAAUUGAGAUCAAUAAAAAUAUUUGAAGAAAAUAAUCCAAAUAUAAGUGUUAACGUUUUUGGGUACGAGGAAAAUGCUGUUGUUGGACCAUAUCGCGUCACUAAUAAAGAGAAGCCUAUACAUAUCAAUUUGCUGUUGUUGGAAAACGAAACCAAUUCGCACUACAUACUAGUUAAGGAUACAUCAAGAUUACUGUCAUCACAACUUUCCUCAGGAGGAAAUCAUCUGAAAAUAUGUAAUACAUGUUUUUAUUACACACCAGAUUUGAGACUUUUUGAGGGACAUAAGGAGAAUUGUAGUGGUGUUAUUACACAUUUCCCCAAAGAUGGUAAGAAUAGAUUAGCAUUUGCAAACUACAAGAAGCAAAUGGAUGUUCCCUUUGUAGUGUACGCUGAUUUUGAGUGUGUUUUAAAAGAUACUGGGGGAGUGAGUAAUACCAUAAAUAAGCAUAUUCCAUGCGCUUUUGGUUUUAAUGUAAAGUGUAGUUUUGAUAGUAGUUUAGAUAAAUAUUAUUCUUAUACCGGUGAAAAUGCCGCUCAAAUAUUUAUAGAAACGUUAGAAAGCGUAGGUAGGAAUAUUUAUAAUAAUUAUUUGAAUGUAAACCGCCCAAUGACACCAUUGACAUUAAAUGAAAAAGAAUCAUUUUCUUCCGCGGUGUAUUGCCAUAUAUGUGAUGACGAGUUAGGUACAGAUAGAGUUCGUGAUCAUUGUCAUAUAACUGGACGGUAUAGGGGAGCAGCUCACAAUGAGUGUAAUAUAAAUUACACAAUUUCAAAAUUCAUCCCUAUUUACUUCCACAAUUUCUCUGCUUAUGACUGUCAUUUGUUUGUAACAAAUUUGCUGAGUACAAUUGAAGGGAAAACAAAUAUUAUACCUCACAAUAAAGAAUUGUAUACAUCUUUAUCACAAACAAUAAAAAUGAGUGAUGGUAGAUAUGAUACGCUUGAAUAUAGAUUUUUAGAUUCUUUCCGCUUUAUGGCAGCCAGUUUAGACGCAUUAGCUAGUUUCUGUGAUGAUUCAGACUUGACAUCUAUAAGGAAACAUUUUUCGAACGAUGAUGAGUUUAAAUUGAUGAGGAAAAAGGGUAUAUUCUGUUAUGAAUACAUCGACUCAUUUGAAAAAUUAGAGGAAACUGCUCUACCUCCUAUUGAAGCAUUUCAUAGUAAAUUAAAUGAUAAAAGUUGUAGCUUAGAAGAGUAUGAACAUGCAAAACAAGUUUGGAAAACAUUUAAAUGCAAGACAAUACGUGAUUACAUGGAAUUAUAUUUAAAAACAGACGUGCUUCUUCUAAACGAUGUUUUUGAAAAUUUUAGGAAAUCAUGUAAACGAAUUCACAAACUAGAUGCAUGUCAAUAUUACACAGCUCCUGGUUUAUCUUUUGAUGCUAUGCUUCGUCAUACGAAAAUAGACUUGGAUUUGUUAACAGAUUCAGACAUGUUUAAUUUAUUUAAAAAUGGUAUAAGAGGUGGCCUUACACAAUGCUCUAAAAGACAUACCAAAGCAAAUAACAAAUAUAUGGAAGAUUUCGACAGUAGUAAUCCAUCUAGCUAUUUAUUGUAUAUAGAUGCUAAUAAUUUGUAUGGUUGGGCUAUGCAACAAUACCUGCCAACAGGAGAUUUUGCGUGGGUUGAUCUCGACAAGACGCCUUUUGAUGCUCAGACAAUAAACAAUUUUAAAGUAAAUCAACAAACUGGAUAUGUGCUAGUAGUUGACUUAGAUUAUCCAGAGAAUCUUCACGAUAAUCAUAAUGAUUUACCCUUUUGUCCAGAAAAUAAGAAGAUUGGAGGUUCAAAGUAUCCAAAACUUAUAGCAGAUUUUGCUUCAAAAACCAAUUAUCCAAUACACUACAUGAAUCUAAAACAAUGUUUAGAAAAUGGUUUAGUCUUAAAAAAAGUUCAUCGUGCUUUAUCAUUUACACAAUCUCCAUGGCUAGCCUCGUAUAUUAAUAAAAAUAAUAAAGAAAGGCAAGAAGCAACUAACGAUUUUCUUAGAAACUUUUUUAAGCUUCUAAAUAAUGCAGUUUUUGGUAAAACUAUGGAGAAUGUUGAUAAACGAAGAGAUAUAAAGCUAGUAACGACUUGGCUUGAUAAAGCACCAAAUGUAUUGGGUGCUAGAUCUUUAAUGUCUAGACCGAAUUUCAGCAGUGCAACUGAAUUUUGUACAGAUUUUUGGGCUAUUGAAAUGAAUCGGCUACAAGUAACAUACAAUAAGCCUACAUAUCUUGGUUUCUGUAUAUUAGAAUUAGCCAAGUGGAAGAUGUAUGAUUUCCACUAUGAAUACAUGAAGAAGAAAUUCGAUGAGCGCGUAAUUUUAAAUUAUAUGGAUACUGACUCUUUUAUAUAUACAAUAUUUUCUGAAGAUGUCUAUGAAGAAAUAAGACCCGACAUUGAUAGGUUCUUUGACACAUCAUCAUACCCAGAAGAUAAUAAAUAUAAUAUACCCCGCCGUAAUAAAAAGGUUAUCGGUAUGAUGAAGGACGAAAACAGUGGGAAAAUUAUGACAGAAUUUGUUGGACUAGGGCCUAAAAUGUAUUCAUAUACGGUAGAUGAUGGUCAAGAAGUAAAAAAAGCGAAAGGUGUCAAAAAAUGUGUCAUUGGGCGGUACACCAUAAAUAACUAUAGAAACACCUUAUACAAUGAAACUAGUACUAGUGAUUACAUGAUAAAUUUUAAAUCCAAAUUACACCAAGUGUAUACAACCAAGUUGUAUAAAGUAGUUUUAAAUUAUAAAGAUAGUAAAAGGAAAGUAAGAUUAGAUAAAGUAAACACCUAUGCUUGGGGCCAUUAUGGUAUUGAGGAUGAGGAUGAUCUCAGUAAUAUACUGCAGAAUUAUGAAUCGGAAAUGGAUAUUGACACCAAUUUAAUUUAAUAUAUUGUAUUAUUAAAUAAACCAACAAUUUGUUAUUUAUUUGUAAGCUAUUUAUU